AAUUAAGAGUCCAUGAGGGUUGCCUGGCUGCCCAAAGCCAUUCUAUUUUGCUGCCUACAGAAGCCUAAUAUGUAGAUCCAGGUCUUUUCUCAACCAAUCAAUACAGAGCUUAAAAUAACCGAUACCAAUGAAGCCUAGAACUACGGUCAAGAGCCCACAGGCAUGAUGAACCCAGCGUACACACUUAUCAAUGAGGCCAUGGAUGUAAUUUCACCUACGUUACUUUUUCGGGUAUUGAGUAAAGCCUAGGUAUCACAACUCAGAGGGAGUGGAAGUAAGGUCUACAACUCUAAACAACACAGCCAACGGCAAGCGCAUCUCCUUUCUCAGUCUGUCUUUGAUGCAAGUGUCAGAUGAGCUCGUUUGGUUCCCGGGCCUUGCCCAAUAUCCCCAUGGCCAGGACGGGCGCAGGUGGCUUAUUGUGCAGGCGCAACAGUAAACUUGAUUCCUUUCUCAAGAGGAACACGGAGCGCGGGGUGUAUGAGCGGAUCCGCGCAUACGAGCCGUGCGUUGUGGUCUCGGAAAGCAUUAACAAAGUGUUUAUGCAUGUAGUGCUCAGCGAUGAGUGUGUUUACCUGGCGCAGUACCCGCCGCGGACCCUCACUACUGCGGUCGACUUUAGGCACAUCCGAGACAUCGAGCUGGUCAAUGAUCUACCUGAGUUUCUCAGCGGGCGUGACCGGGAACGCUCACAGCACAUCCGUGUGGUCUAUGCCACUGCAAAGCCUUCUGGGAAGAAAGAUAGGCAUCUCAGAGGAGAACCUCGUAUUCUGCCUGUCCCCUCUCCUCACCAGCCCUGGCUGAUGUCCCCCUCCAUGGAGGGUGUCGGUGGUGCUCUCCCAUCCAGCCGUUCGCAAACAGAUAGAGACGCUUGGAACGUGUCUCCCGUCAUAAUGAGGGAGGAGGAAGAAGAGGAGGAAGGAGCGGUGCUCAUGCCGAGGAACACCCGUUCAGCCUCCUGCCCCAACCCAGAAACCCUUGGUCUGAGACUGACCCCGUCGCGCCCUCUGCCCCGCUCACCCUCUCCAGAACUCGCCCUCCGGGCCCCCCUCUCCCACCUGCUCGCCGUCUCUUCCUCAGCACCGGCUGACCGGAUCCAGAAGCCCUCGGAGGGUCCUCCGGUGCCUUGGAGAAGAGGCUCCAUGCUGGCUCGCCUUCUGAAGAGAGAGAGGAUGGUUGGAGACAGAGAUGGAGAGAGGGAGGAGGAGGAGGGGGCAGAAAGAGAAGCAGAACUUCAUCUGUAUGCUGUUUCCCCCGUGUCUCGUAUCUACCUACAUCUCCAAAGCUCCUGGAACAGUUAUAUUAUAAGGUCAACUUUACUACUGGACCCGUUAUACAGAAGGAGAUGCAGUAUCAAGCUAAACUCAUCCCCCCAAAAACCCACCCCAAUCAGUUGGGAGCGUACAGCCCACCUGUACCACCAGCUGAGCGCUGAGCUGCUUCAGGAGGACAUCACUUUGGAGGGUCUUUAUCUGCUCCUCCAGGAGCUCUGUACUGCAGCGCACCGCGACAUCACCCUCAGGAAACUCUUCUGGAGGUCUAGCGACAUGUUUCCGUUCCUGGUGCAACGUCUGGAAGACACCCCGCGGAGCGGUCUGAGAGACAGAGCGGUCAGAGAGACCAAUACCGCAGACAGCCUACUACUGGGUACUUUGAUCUGUCAGACACUGGCUUUGAUGUUCAGAGAGACAGAGAUUGAGCCGGCUCGUCUCAACAUGUUAACGGCCAAACAGGGUGCUCUGACAGCAAGGUUGUUACUGGCGUUGGUGUGCGACCCUGAGCUCCAGUCCCAGAGCCAGGGACAGAGGAGCUUCUCCCCAGACGUCUCCCAGUACUCAAGGCAAAACUCCCCGCCUCGCACACAGAUGAGAGGCCUGUUAGAAGAGUACCUGGAUGCUGCAUGCUCUCUGCUGUUUGAACUGGUGGUGCUUUGUCAGGAGGCCAGCCGUACUCCAUCUGAAGAGCACUUCCUGACCCUCGGCUGGAUCCUGAGAAUACUGCAGCCUCAUCCCUCUUUGCUGUCGUUUGUGGGGUACCAGGCCCGGCAGGUAGUAGUAGUCAUGUCAGGGUCCCAGGAUCCUCUUAGCCCGUUCCAGGCUGCUCUGUUGUACCAGCGCUGCAAGGUGCUGCUUGCUUGCCUGAAAUUCAGCUCCCAUCUGAGCCAGCACCUGCGGACGGAGUACAGAGAGGAGUUCAGGUAUUACGUGAAGCUCCCCUGUGUGGAAGAGAAGUUGCCCCACCACUAUCCCAUCAGCCAGCCUGCUCUUCAUCUCAUCUCUCAACUACUGGGACUCAUGCUGCAGAAGUCCUGAUUACAAACACUCCAUAAAUCUCCUUGAUCUGUAUACAGACAUACAUACUUCUUACAUUAUUUUAGAAUUUGAGUGUAUAAAGAUCACAUUAUACAUAAUUGCAUGUAUGAUUAAAUAAUAAUUGUAAAUCUAGGUACUGGUAGUUAUUGGUUAUAUUUACCAGACACUUCCUAGAGGCUCUGGGAAGGUGUGCCUGUCUGAGUAAUGUGUAAUUCCAGGAGGGCCAUAUAUGUGUCCCUGCUGACUGGGUGGUUUGUGUUUACACCUGGUGAAACAUUUUAUUCGAGACAUCUGUCUCAUAUUUACUCUCUUUUCAUUUCCCCUGUUUUCCUAAGCAAGACUUCGCUCUCAGGUUAACCGUUGUGUAAUGGCAGUCUGAAUGUAAAUAAAUGAAAGGAAUUACUGCACAUCUCACUUUAAUAGGAUAUGACUAGAAAUGUAAUCUAGACUAGAAAUGAAAUGCAUGCUCCAUAGAUGCCGCAUCUUAUUACUGUAGUAAAAUAUACAGUAUAAGCCUACCUUGUAUAGCCUUGUAUGAAAUAUUUUCUUAGAUUCAAUAUAUUGUGUUUUAUUGUAUAUUAUUUCCUAUGUACUCUCUGUGAGCAGAUGAUUGUAAACUAAUGUUUUAUGAAACUUCUCCUUUUUAAAUAAAAUAUAAACAGCUG